CAUCAUUCAUGGCCCAGAAAUCAUGGUCCAGGACCAAUUAGGUCUCAUUAAUACCCUCUGGUUUUCUACGCAGAGGAGGUUUUGGUUUUGACUCAUUGCAUCAGAAAUCAGGCAGAGAAAGCUUCAUGCCCCUCGACUCCAUAAGCUUUUCUCUCUCUAAAUAGAGAGAGAGAGAGGAGAGGAGCGAGAUGGCAGUUAGGGCGAGCAUAUCGAGGUUCCCAUUAGAUACAGAGGUCCUAGAAGGCGGUGGCGUCCCCUGGGGUAUCUCUCUCACUCCAUUUUCGCCCACUGAUGAGCUUGGGCACAAGCCCGCUUAUGGCCGAGAUGCCCAUCUUCUUCCUAGAUGUGAAAAUUGUUGGGCCUAUUUCAGUUCACUCUGCGAGCUCGAUCAAUGGGCAUGGAACUGUGUUCUUUGUGGGACUCUUAAUGGACUCUCAUCUCAGUGCAUUACUCGCUUGGCUCACCCUGAGUCUUGCCCUGAACUCUCUUCCUCAUUUGUUGAUCUCGAGCUUCCAGAUGACGUUCCACCAGAGGAAGAAGGUCAAGCUCGACCAGUCUAUGUUGCUGCCAUCGAUUUAUCAGCUUCUGAAGAGUUCUUGGAACUAGUUAAAAGUGGACUCUUAGCUGCUCUAGAAGCUCUUGGGCCAGGAUCAUUGUUUGGGCUUAUUACCUUUAGCCACAAAAUAGGGCUAUAUGAUGUUCAAGGGCCCAUACCAGUUGUAAAAAAUGUUUUCAUUCCUCCAGAGAUCGAUGAAACAUUACCCAUUGAACUUGAAGAUGCUAUGCCAUUGCUGUCUUUCCUUGCUCCUGUCGAGACUUGUAAAGAUCGUAUCGCCUCAGCACUUGAAACCUUGAAGCCCACAACAUCAUGGGAAAGAACCACUGGAGCAGGCCAAGCACUUGAUGGUGUGCUACUUGGUGGGCGUGGUUUUGGAGUAGCAAUGGAUGCCCUUAUAAAUUACCUCGCAUCAGAAUAUGGAAACACCUUUGCUUUGGCCAGGGUCUUUGCCUUUCUUUCUGGUCCUCCUGAUUAUGGAGCUGGCCAGUUGGAUACGAGACGCUAUGGUGAGCAAUAUGCUAGUAAAGGAGAAGAUGCUGAUCGUGCUUUGCUUCCUGAGCAAACUCCAUUCUACAAAGAUCUGGCUGCUGCGGCCGUUCAAGCAGGUGUUUGUGUUGACAUAUUUGCUGUCACAAAUGAAUACACAGACUUGGCAUCUUUAAAAUUCUUGAGCAUUGAGAGUGGUGGCUCAUUGUAUCUGUAUUCAAAUACUGAUGAUUCAACACUUCCUCAAGACAUUUACCGGAUGCUGAGCCGUCCAUAUGCUUUUGGUUGCAUAUUGCGUCUUCGAACAUCUUCUGAAUUCAAACCUGGGCGUGCUUAUGGUCAUUUCUUCCCAGAUCCCCAGUAUGAGAAUGUUCAACACAUUAUUUGUUGUGAUUCAUUUGCCACCUAUGCUUAUGACUUUGAGUUCGUUAGUAACUCCAGCUUUUCCCGGCCCUCUGAACUUCCUGUGCUGCAGAUAGCAUUCCAGUAUACUGUUGUUGUGCCACAUGAGGAAACCUCAAAGUCAGGAUUGACUUCCAUUGACAAGAAUAAGCAUUCACUAAAGAGGAGAUUAAGGAUACGGACUAUGCAAUAUGGAGUUGCAGAAAAUAUUAAUGAGCUUUAUGACAAUGUAGAUUCUGAAGUUGUCCUCUCCAUCCUUGUUCACAAGGUUAUUUCAGCUUCUUUGGAGCAAGGAGUAAGAGAAGGGAGGUUUUUGCUUCAUGAAUGGCUUGUUAUUCUCACAGCUCAGUAUAAUGAUGCUUACAAGCUUAUCCUGCAUGAAAGUCGCCAUCCAACUACACGGGUUGAUGUAUCCUUCUUACAAUGUCCACAAUUGCAGCCUUUGCCGCGACUUGUAUUUGCUUUGUUGAGAAAUCCUCUUCUUCGGUUACAUGAAGAGGGGGUUCACCCUGACUAUCGCAUAUAUCUUCAAUGCCUUUUCAGUGCUUUGGAUCCAAGUUCUCUUAAUCGUGCCAUAUACCCAGCACUGACAUCAUUUUCUACCCCGGAUAAGCAAGCUUAUCCACGUCAUUCAUUGAGCCGUGCUGCUCUAUUAACUAGUGGGAGUCCGAUAUUUUUCCUCGAUGCUUUCACAAAUCUCAUUGUAUAUUAUUCUUCAACUGCGGAUCCUACACAUCCCUUCCCUCCUCCCCAAGAUUGUCUUCUUCGGGCGACGAUCAACAAACUGAAGCAAGAGAGAAGCAUAACCCCCAAACUUUUGCUAAUUCGUGGGGGUCAGGAUGAUGCAUCCCCAUUUGAACAUUAUCUAAUAGAAGAGCAAGAUGUGGAUGGAACCGGGCUUACCAAUGGUAUGGGUUUUGUUUCCUUUUUGGAAGAUAUCUCAAGGAAUGUGAUCGAGUGCAUAAAGCAAUAAUAGGAAUUGUCCAAGGGUGUGGAUUCAUGCUUUAAACAGUGAGCUAAGUUUAUUAAGUAAACGGGCCCUCUCUCUCCCCCCCUCUCUCUCGAUAUUUCUCUCUGCGAUACAAAUAAAAGAAAUGAUGCUUUUGAAGCUUAAAUUUUGUGAGAUUAGUGCUGCUGAUUUUUCUGCAUGUAAAAUGUACAGUAACAUGCUUGGAUAAAGCUAUCACUGUUUUCCUUUUCCCAUGGUAACGAUUUUAUUUUUAAAUGCCUGGGGAUCUUUAUGUUAA